CUUUACUCCCGAAACGGCGCUGCGCUGCGCUGCUCCCCUUGGCACUUCGCUCUCGGAGAAAAUGGAGCGCGACGGACUUUCCAGCGCGGAUCAGAAGCUGAUCCGGGAGAGCUGGCAGAAAGUGGGCGACAGCCCCCUGGAGCACGGCGUCGUCCUGUUCACCAGGCUUUUUGAUUUGGAUCCAGACCUCUUGCCCCUUUUCAAGUACAAUUGCAAGAAGUUCUCUACUCCUCAAGAGUGCCUCUCAUCACCUGAGUUCCUGGAACACAUUAGAAAGGUAAUGCUGGUAAUUGAUGCAGCUGUAACUCAUUUGGAGAAUUUGCACUGUCUGGAGGACUACCUCGCUAAUCUUGGCAGGAAACACCAAGCAGUUGGGGUAAAGGUUGAAUCCUUUGAGGCUGUAGGGGACUCCUUGCUCUAUAUGCUGGAGAAAUGCCAUGGUCCUGCCUUCAAGAUGAAUGCGCGUGAAGCCUGGAUAAAGCUCUAUAGCACUGUGGUCAAAGCCAUGAGCUGUGGCUGGAAUGUUUCCAGAAAGGUGGAAUAAUCUCUGAUCAAGAUGCUUGGAGCGCUUUGCUAUUCUGUGUCAGAAACAGCUAUGAUGAAAGAGCAUGCUCACUUUUCCAGCUUGAUGUAUUUCAGAGUAAUCUCAACAGCUUUCUUUCUGUCUGUUGCUUACUUUUGCAUUCCCUGUCUCAGUGUGCUCUAGAAUUCAGCGUAGCAGGUCCAUGUGUAGAGUGGUGUGUAAAACAUUUCAGUCCAAACUGUUUUAAGUACCAAAUUCUCCUCACCACAAAUGUGAAAUAGGCUGUUUGGAGUAAUUUGGAACUGAUUUGAGCUCUAAACAGUUCUUUUGAUAUUUUCAGAAUUCUCAAAACAACCAGAUUUGUAUUAAAAAAAGAACAGAUUAACAUUCAAAUUGGGAAGUUUUGUGAAGAUGAAAUGAUUCAAAAUGAAAUUUUGCAUACCUCUAGUGUGUUUGCAGGUGACAAAAGUGAAGAAACCCGAAGUUGCAAUUAUAUGUUGACUGCAGUGGCUUUCUUGCCGUUAAGCUCUUUUUUUAAUUAAUCAUUUUUAAACAAGAGAAUGGACAAAUAGAAAAAAAAGUAUAUAAUGUUAGAGUAACAGUAAGUGUGCAGAGAUGCCAACAUUGUACAGUUAGUGCUCAGUAUAGCAUUUGAUAAAAGGGUAGCCAUAAAAACCAAAAUACAGUCAUUUUUAAU